UUGAAAUCGGGUUAUAUUUUGCUCCACCACGGAAGCUUUCGUCAAGCUGGACUAAGCCCUCUCUGAGCUCAUGGCCGGCGACGCGGCUGAGUGCAAGCUGGCAGCUUGUUGCAUAUCGCACGAGUUUUACAAAGCCGCCUUGAAACACCCCGAUAAAAUCUCCGUCAUACACGCCUCCGGAUUUGCUCGGAGCACCGGGGAUUUGUUGGACGGCGAUCGACAGCCACGUGAUGGCUGUAGCAAAUUGACGGCGUCUUCGUCCCGGCCACCGGUCUACGAAGGUGACGAGUGCUUCACUUUCUCUGCUAUUCAUUCCGCCGUCGAGAAGCUCAGUUCUCGACUAUGGCUCAUUCUUCACGCCGGGGAUGAUUCACGUCUAUUGAAAACCGAGCCAGGCAAAGUGGUUGUUGUCUUGAAACCUGAGAGGGUCAGGCUGACGUAUUUUGAGUUCUUUGGCGUUAACGUGUUUAGGGAUAACUCAGAACACGUCGCUAAAUCGUUGCAAUAUUCAAGUCAAAGUGUACAGCAUUCCUCCAAGUUCAGAAAAUCUCGCAUCCCAAAGGUGGUAGGGAUAUAUAUGGAGCCAUCAGUCGAUUACAUUGUGGCCGUCCUUUCUGUUUUAAGAUGUGGGGAAGCAUUCAUGCCUUUGGAUCCCUCAUGGCCAAAAUCAAGGAUACUAUCAGUUAUAUCAUCUUCUAAAGCUGAUCUAAUCGUCGGGUUUGGACUGUCAUCUGAGGGUAACUGUUGUCACAAGAUUGAUAAUCUGAAAUGGCUUAUUGAUGAUGGAAGUUGCCCUGUUUUACAUUUUUCUAUGAAUGAAACUAUCAAGGAACAAUCUCAGUCAUUACUAUUAGGGUGGCCUUGUGAAAGUGAAGGCUUGAGAUCGUUUUGUUACUUGAUGUACACUUCAGGAUCUAGCGGAAAGCCUAAAGGUGUAUGUGGCACUGAAACAGUGUCCUUAGGCCAGCAUGUUUCUAUUGUAGGUCUUCUUAAUCGUUUUUCAUGGAUGCAAGAAAUGUAUCCUCUACAUGAAGGGGAUGUAGUGCUUUUCAAAACAGCUGUAGGCUUCAUCGAUCAUAUGCAAGAGUUUCUUGGAGCUCUACUCUCGACUUGUACGUUGGUGAUACCUCCUUUCAAUCAGCUAAAAGAAAAUCUGUAUAGUGUCGUAGAUUUUUUACAGGGAUACUUUAUUAACAGGCUUGUAGCUGUUCCAUCUUUGAUGAGGGCAAUUCUUCCAUCUUUGCAGAGUCCACGUUCCUUAAUAAUUCAAGGUUCUUUGAAAUUAUUAAUCCUAAGUGGGGAAGUCUUGCACCUUCCCUUAUGCAAGAUGCUUUUAGAGUUACUUCCUCGGACUUCAAUAUUGAAUUUGUAUGGCAGCACAGAGGUGACGGGUGACUGCACAUACUUUGAUUGCACUAGAUUGCCACAAAUUCUUGAAAAGGAGGUAUUAAGCAGCGUCCCGAUUGGCUUGCCUGUCUCAAACUGUGAUGUGGUGCUGGUUGGAGAAGAAAUAGCAUAUCAAGGGGAGAUUUAUGUUGGUGGCGUGUGUGUUGCUGCAGGUUACUUUGACUAUCCUCGUCUGAUAUCGUUAGCAGAUGGGGAUGUGUCUCCAGAACAUGACAACUUUAGUCCCAAUAGCGGGUGCAGAUUUCAACAUUACUUUAGAACAGGUGAUUUUGCAAGAAAGCUCCCGAGUGGCGAUUUGGUUUUUCUUGGAAGAAAGGACCGUACGGUGAAAGUUAAUGGGCAGCGCGUUGCUCUUGAGGAGAUUGAGGGUGCAUUUCGUGAGCAUCCGAAUGUGGUUGAUGCUGCAGUUUUGUCCCGUGAGGUUGGUGAUGAAAUAUUAUUUAUUGAAGCCCAUGUGGUGAGGGAGGAAACUUUCAGAGAUGAAGAGCUUCUGAAAUCCUCACUCAGGAAUUGGGUCCUAAGAAAGCUUCCGCAUGUGAUGAUACCAAGUCGCAUUUUUUUCACUAGGUCACUACCUCUGACACCUUCAGGGAAGGUUGAUUAUUUGUCGUUAACCGCUUCAGGAUCUUCGGAUGAAGAGGGGGCAUUUAAGGACAUUCAUCAGGAUCACCUCAUUGAAGUUAUCAAAAAGGUAUUCUCCGACGCACUGAUGGUUGAGAACGUUUCUGUUGAUGACAAUUUCUUUGAGAUGGGUGGCAGUUCUUUGUCUGCCGCCUACGCCUCCUUCAAGUUGGGUAUCCAUAUGAAGUUGCUGUACACUUUUCCGACUCCAUCAAAGCUCCAAAUGGCCCUUUUGUCAUCUGGAUCUUCAUUAGGAACUGAUGCCUUUUUAGGAGUGAAUCUUAGAAAAUCAGAAAUGGCUCCAUCAAGAGAAUCAAAUAUGCCCGAUCUCCAUGGAAGUAAGCCAAAAGGAAUAUUAUUUGACGCCAACAGUAAUAAGGACUUUCACAUGCCUAAAAAAUUAAAGAUUGAGCCAAAUACUUGUUCAGGCCAUUCAGAGCCAACUUGUGGUGGUAUUUUAUGGAAUCCUAAUGUGGUGCAUACAGAAUGUUCUUUUAGUCGAUGCAACACAAGCACACACGUAGGACAAUGUGAGGAAAGUUAUUCAGGCGACACAGUCUGGUCAAAUAUACCAAGAGAUGGAAAAGGAUUUAUGCAAGAACUGUGGAAGGUCGACUUGGGCUCUUGUGUUGAUGCGUCACCUCUUGUGGUUUGUAAAGGCAGUGAUAUCUAUCUAUUCAUUGGAUCUCACUCUCACAAGUUUUUCUGCAUAAAUGGCAGAAGUGGAAUUGUUCAGUGGGAGAGUAAACUAGAGGGACGGGUAGAAUGCUCAGCCACAAUUCUUGAUGAUCUUUCUCAGGUUGUAGUUGGAUGUUACGAGGGAAAUAUUUAUUUCCUUCAGUUUUCAAAUGGAAAUAUCUGCUGGAGGUUUCGAACUGAUGGUGAGACUCUGCCCUUUAAGACAUUGUGGAAGCAAGACAUGGGAGCACCUGCUUUUGGGUCACUUUCAAUCAAUUAUUCUGAUGGAAACAUCAUUUGUUGCUUGGUGGAUGGGACUGUUAAUGUCCUCAGUAGCCGUGGCUCCAUCAUUUGGAAGGUGAGAACUGGUGGGCCAAUUUUUGCUGGACCUUGCACAUCCCGAGCGUUGCCUUCUCAGGAAACUGGUAAUAUAAUCUGGAAGCACACAGUCGGGCGUCCAAUUACCUCAUCUGCUUAUGUAGAUGAAUUCUCCCUAGUCAAGUCCGAUAAAAAUCCCAGUUCCCCUGACAGGUUAAUGAUAUGUGUUUGCGACAGCUCGGGCAGUAUUCAUGUAUUACGAGUUUUCCCUAAUGCUGUUGGAGGUGUGUAUCCAAAUACAGAUGAGUUGGUGCAUGAAUUUGCUCGAUUGGACCUUAAUGGUGACAUCUUCUCCUCACCGUUGAUGAUUGGCGGAAGAAUUUUCGUGGGCUGCAGGGAUGAUCACGUGUACAGUAUUCAGCUUGAAGUUGAAUUGGCUUAAAAACCUCUGAGGAUAUCACUGAACCAUGGUGCCUGCAUUUGAUACAAGUUUAUAAUGGUUCGUAGCAAUCCUAUUCUUAGUCCUUGGUCAAAAUUAUAAUUCCCGAGAUGCAAGGCGGCUUCAAUGUUUUUCAAGAGGUCAACUCACAUUUGAAUUUUGCCGAAUUGUGUUAGUUAUAAGUUUUUACUUUUUGGGGUGACAGACAAUUCAUGCUAUACAUCGGAGACAUUUUGUUCCUAUAAAGGUAAAUUCUGACCAAUUCCAUUCACCCUUACCCAUAAUUAUUUUUAAUAAUUAUCUGAUUUUUUUUUUUUUUUAAUUUUU